AUGGAUUCGCAACGCCCGAGACUGAUCACCGACGACCCACGCUGGUUGACGAGGGGGCCAUUCCCAUGGUUGACAUGGGCUGUGGUCUUCUACGUCGUAAUUGUGGCCAUCUCGGUGGCUCCAGCCGUGGGCCAUGAUCUCGCCAACGCCGGCGCAAUGCUCGUUGAGUUCUUCAACGAAAUUUGCUACGUCUACGUAGCACCUGCCCACUGGGCCCCCGACGCCGACUUGCAUCCCGAUGCAAGUCUUUUCUUCUGGUACGCACUGGUUGCCGCUUUCGUCACCGGACAGGGCUUGCUUCGUGAAGAAGCAGAGGAGCUCGACUUCGAGGACGCUUCGGUGGUAACACCAGAAGCUGAGAAGGAGAGCGAGCCUGCUAAGCUUCCGAGCAGGCCAGCUCCGGCUUCGCGCGAAGUAAUUCGCGCAUUUAGGAAGCAGAUGAAAGAGGCUUCCAAGCGGAAGGCUGAACGGCUUCAGGCCCGGUCGGUCCGCAAGCGCUCCGGCCCAACUAACGAGGGGCCAGUUGAGCUGAAGGACGAGGAGGUUGAGCCAGAGGCUCCCUCCGUCCCUCUUGCUCCGGCCCCUCGUUAUGUUGACGCAGGGGUGCAAACGGAUGAUACGGUGGGUGCAGCACCGGAACCCGUUUUUGUGACCGAACCAGAACCGGUCAUUGAACAGCUCGCAACGGACCUCGAGGCCUCAGUGGUCGAGGAAGUUGAGGAUAGUGACGCCGAGGAUGUCUCGGUAGAGGGGUCUGAAGGGAGCGGUUCCCUUGACCAACUCUGGGAAGGUCCGAGUGGACUUUCGGAAGACGGGGAAAGUGAAGAGGAAGAGAGUGCUAUUCUUGAGGAGGCAGAUAGCCAGGGGAUGGAGGAGAAUGAGGAGAGAGAGAGAGAGAGCGCUAGUUCUGAGGAGGCAGAGCGCCAAGGGGAUGACUGGAGCGAAAGAGAGAGCGCUAUUUCCGUGGAGGCAGAGCGCCAGGGGAUGGAAGAGGAGCAGGUGAAGGCUCUUGGGGCUAAGAGGGAGAUCAAGAAGAUGCCGCGGGGUCGUGCGGGGCGGCUCGACGGAUCUCAGUGGGCCCAGUUGAGGGCGGAGCAGGAGAGGGAGAGGGUGAGGAUGGAGCAGGCGAGGGAGGAGAGGGUGAGGGCGAGGGAGGAGUUGAUGGAGAUGGAGGAGAGGGUGAGGGAGGAGAGGGAGUGGCGGGGGAGGAAGGAGAGGGAGACUGCAAUGCCAGUGGAGGCAGAGCAGGAGGAAGAGGAGGUGAUAGAGGAAGAGGAAGAGGAGGAGGUGGUGGAGGAAGAGGAAGAAGUGGUGGUAGAGGAGGAGUAUGAGGAAGAAGAGGAAGAAGGGGAAGAAGAGGAAGAAGAGGAAGAGGAAGUAGAGGAAGUAGAGGAAGUAGAGUAUGAGGAGUAUGAGGAGUAUGAGGAAGAGGAGGAGGAGGAGGAGGAGGAGGAGGAGGAGGAGGAGGAUAUGCCGCCGGUCGAGGAGGAACCGGCUGAGGUGACACCGGUUGCGGGCCGGAAGAUCCUCAUACCGCGCAGCCGUAGGGCUGGCGUGUAG